AGGCAAAGGUAGUGGACUAGUGGGCUGAGCAAUCAGAUGCAUGCUACAGUCCUUGAUGCUAAAGUGGGCAGGGGCAUUAUAUGCAACCAUCUGGGGUCCAGGUUUUAUGGAUGUGUUCCAUUCGCUACGGUGUCACGAGAUUGGGAGCAACCCGGUGAUUGCAAUCAGGUGAGGUGAAGAGCCAGUGUCACAGGGGACACUGCAUAUGAUGGUCAGGAGUCUUUGCAGAGUAGAUGCAGAGUAUGCUUCACUGCUUUUGGGUGUGUACUUUGCACUUACAGCUGCUGCUGCAUGCUAGGUGUUUAUUGGUUGGUUUAGCAGUGCUUUGAUUGCUGCAAAUCUAGCAAGUUGCCUGACAGCUCCAUAUCUCAUGGUCUGCAAGAUUUGUAGCACAGCAUGUGACAGCCAUUUCCUGGUAUCUCCGCUGCAUUUUUCAAUGGGCCUAUGACCAGUUGGUAACCAUCAGGUCGCCACCUUCAGCGGGAAAGUCUACCCUUGCCAGCCAUCGCCGAAUACGACGUGCCGCACGGUCCUUUCGUUUCUUUCUCCAGCACCGUCGACGACCAAGUGAGCCUCUUUCUUCUGAGGACCGCCAUCUUCUGCCACUUCUUGGACAGCUGAGCAAGUCUCCUGGCACUCACCAUGGUAGCUUCUUGUGUUUCUGGAAACUGGAGAGAUUUUUUUGUCAGCUCGAGCUUGGAAUGCUUCUUGUGUUUCUUGGAUGGAGCGAUGGUGUUUGGAGACACUUAGCCAUGGUUUUAUAUCUCUGGGCUUCCAUGUGCAGGAGACAAGACCAUGAGCAGCCACAAUUCUGCUGGGGCAAGUGUUCGGUGUGUGCCGGAGCUUGGCUUGGUGAUUGCGUAUGCUACCAUACUGACCGGUCUGGCACGAGGACCCCAUGUUAAUUGUUUAUCUGCAAUGCCACCGCAAAAUACAGCAGCUUGCAAGUUGCCUGAGUGGCACAAUGGCUGAUCAUUCACCCAAAAUCAUUUAUCACAUUGUCUGUAGCUAGCGGCAACAACAUUGCCUGCAGAGCACUCAUGGCAUUGUCUCCCGCCCACCGCUCUUGCUGAUAGCUACACACAACCCACACAUCAGACCUACCCUGAGCCCUCUCUUCCUUUCUACUAUAAAUCCAUGGCCUGCUCAUCACAAACUUCUUCAUCUCAUCUCCAAACAACAUCAUAGUUUACACCACACCUUCAGACUUUCAGAACUAAAGCGAAGUUUAGCUAGCCAGGAACACAUCACUCAACCAUGAUCCAUCCAAAGAAGCUUGCUCAGCUGGCCAAGAAGUGGCAGAGGAAGGUCGCGGCCGGGGCUGGUGGCCAGCAAGCCAGUGAGUGCUGCAGCACAGUCGCUGACAAGGGCCAUUGUGUGGUGUACUCCGCCGACGGGGUGCGGUUCGAGGUCCCGCUGGCAUACCUCGGCACGACGGUCUUCGUCGAACUCCUGAGGAUGGCUGGGGAGGAGUUUGGCUUUGCGAGCAGCGAGGGAGGCAGGAUCACGCUGCCCUGCGAUGCCACGGUUAUAGAGUAUGUCUUGUGCCUAGUCAGAAGAGACGCCUCCGAGGAGGUCGAGAGAGCGUUCUUAAGCUCCAUUGCUGGGCACUGCCAUGGCCAAGAUGCAUCGAUGGGACUCACCCAUCAAUUUGCUCUUUGUACGUAGUUUAGCUACUGAAAAUCUGAAUUUUUUUUUGUCGAAUUGGUAGAAGUUUGUACAGCUCAAUGUAAGAUUCUAUAUCAUAGGAAAUGAUACAAAAUGAGAGAAAUCUGCUAAUUUGCUGCUCCAAAGUCCAAACACAUUAUUUUCCGUAUUCGUACAGAGUACUGAAGAAAGCAGUGACAAACUUCUGAGGCGUGGAUGAUCUGACUGCAACUCUUUUCCUUGGAGAAUCGUAGAUUUAUGACUGAGCGGUGCAGAUCGGGGUGGGUUGAGCGGUCUAUAGGUUCUUGCAGGGCAUGGCCUCAACUGAAACCUGCCUGGGAAAUGGGCGCCUCUGCUACCGCCGCUGCCCGCCACCAGUAGUGGCUGCUUCCGGAUCUUCGUUGCUUCUUGCUAGUGCUGUUGAGUCCUUGGUGUCAUUCUGGAAGCCUGCUAGUCAGAUGCGCAGCUAGUGUCUGCAGGCGUGAGCUGGGCGCAUCUUGUCGGCUCCUCCACACUCUGAUGCAAAAUGGAGAACAAUGAGCGGAACACUCUGAAUAUAUUCAGGAGCUACAAACUGCAAGCUGCUGGUGCAGCGUUACAUGUGGCACCGUACAACUUAGAUAUUGGCAAGGCAUCACUACAGAGCUCAGUAACGCC